UCUUCUUAAGUUUCCUUUAUUAUUUAAUGCUCAUCUACAUGACUACAUCCUCUAUAUAUUUAGUUGCUGAAACUGAAGAAACAGGUUCAGUAGUUUAAGCACAAUGGAAGCAAUUGCAGGAGAGAUUUUGGUGGUGCCAUUUUUUGGGCAAGGCCACCUCUUCCCUGCCAUGGAGCUUUGCAGGAAAUUCUGCUCUUUCAACUACAAAUCCACUCUUAUAAUCCCCUCUCAUCUCUCCUCUUCCGUCCCCUCUGAUCUGCGCUGUCAUUCUUGUGUAGAAGUCGUUGAAAUCCAGGCCGCCGAGCUUCCGCCUCCGCCUCCGGCGGAGAUGAAUGCGCCGCCGCGACACCCGUUUCGGCAAGACCAAGAGCGGAUGGGGGGUGGGAUUGAGAGUUUCUUGGCGGAGAGGUAUGGCGGGUCGGGCGUGACCCGACCCGAUUGCGUGGUGGUUGACGUCAUGAUGAGCUGGAGCAAGGAGAUCUUCGCCGGAAUGGGAAUACCCAUUGUUUCGUUUUUCACUAGCGGCGCCUGCUCCGCCGCCAUGGAAUUCGCCGCCUGGAAGAAUAAGGCCGACGAGAUGAAACCGGGCGAGACCCGAAUUCUUCCCGGGUUGCCCCGACAUAUGGCUCUCACCCAUUCCGAGACGCAGAGGCGCCACCGUCACGGUCCUCCUGGUGGACCGCCUCCUCACCUUCACCGCGGUAAUGGAUUCAUAAGGGGUGGACCGGGCGGUCGAGGACCGGGUGGACCGGGUGGUCCAAGGGGACCGGGGCGUAGACCGCAAUGGAUGGAAGGGGUGGAGUCUUCAAUUGCUGUUCUAAUUAACACCUGCGAUGAUCUUGAGCGUCCAUUCAUCGACUAUUUAUCGGACCAGAUUCAGAAACCCAUCUGGGGAGUUGGGCCGUCGCUGCCGGCUCAGUUUUGGGAAUCAGCCGGUUCAAUCCUCCGUGACCACCAGGUCCGGUCAUCGAACCGGAGCUCCAAUUUCACAGAAGAAGAGGUGGUUCAAUGGCUGAACUCAAAGCCAGACCGGUCAGUAAUUUACGUGUCAUUUGGGAGUGAAGUUGCACCCACCAUGGAAGAAUCUGAAGAGCUAGCAAAAGCACUAGAACAAUCAAACCGGCCAUUCAUUUGGGUUAUUCAACCGGGUUCAGGUAAACCCGGUCCACCUGUCGGUCUAUUCGGCGAGAAGACUCCCGGUUCAGAUUCAGCAGAUGAGGGUUACUAUCCCCACGGUUUACAAGAAAGAAUUGGGAAUAGAGGUUUGAUCAUCAAGGGAUGGGCACCCCAACUAUUAAUCUUAAGCCAUCCCUCCACGGGAGGGUUUUUAUCACAUUGUGGAUGGAAUUCAACACUGGAAUCGAUAGGACGAGGAGUUCCGAUUCUGGCAUGGCCAAUUAGAGGCGAUCAAUUUUUCGACGCAAAAUUAAUCGCCAAUCAUUUAAAAGUCGGACACAUACUUUGUAGCGACAAAGAUGCAACUGAGGCAGUGAAGAAAGAUGAAAUAGGUCAAGGAAUUGAGAAAUUGAUGAAUGAUGAAGAGGUUCAUAGUCGAGCCAUGGCAUUGAAAUCAAAAUUUGAGGCUGGUUUUCCUAAAAGCUCAACUACUUCUAUCAACUCUUUCAUAAAGCUUUUAGCCAAAUAGGUUGCUGCUUCAAGCCUUUCUAUGUUUGGAUUUGUCUUAUGCAGACUCUGCAUUGCAGAGUUACAACUACUUGUACGAAAUAUUUGAUUUCAGUUAGUAAACUAAAAAGAUGUAUUAUUAUAUUAUAUUGUUAUAGUAUACUUAAAAAUUUUGCUUUAAAAAUUCUUGUUGUCUC